AUGGGACAUUCCAUCAAUCAGUCCAAGCAUGCCAUUAACUUUCCAGAAGAGGAAGCUGGAAUGACCCUUCACUCCUAUUUGGACAGGGAAACCUCCCUCCUUCUGAGAAACAUUGCAGGAAAGCCUUCUCAUUUGCUGACCAAGGAGGAACAGGCGGCUAAACUCAAAGCUGAGAAGAUUAGGGUUGCAUUAGAGAAGAUUAAAGAGGCACAAGUGAAAAAGUUGGUGAUCAGAGUCCAUAUGUCUGAUGACAGCUCAAAAACUAUGAUGGUGGAUGAGAGGCAGACAGUGAGACAAGUGUUAGACAAUCUGAUGGACAAAUCUCAUUGUGGUUACAGUUUAGACUGGUCAUUGGUGGAAACCAUCUCUGAAUUGCAAAUGGAAAGGAUCUUUGAAGAUCAUGAAAAUUUAGUUGAAAAUCUUCUGAACUGGACAAGAGAUAGUCAAAACAAACUAAUGUUUGUGGAACGUAUAGAGAAAUACGCACUUUUCAAGAAUCCCCAGAACUAUCUUCUGGGGAAGAAAGAAACCUCUGAGAUGGCAGACAGAAAUAAAGAGGUGCUGCUAGAGGAAUGUUUCUGUGGAAGUUCUGUAACCGUGCCAGAGAUUGAGGGAGUUUUGUGGCUGAAAGAGGAUGGUAAGAAGUCUUGGAAGAAACGUUACUUUCUUCUUCGAGCUUCUGGAAUCUACUAUGUCCCUAAAGGGAAGGCAAAGGUCUCACGGGAUCUCGUGUGCUUUCUACAGCUAGAUCAUGUCAAUGUUUACUACGGACAGGACUAUCGGAACAAAUAUAAAGCACCCACAGACUAUUGUUUAGUGCUAAAGCAUCCUCAGAUCCAGAAGAAAUCCCAGUAUAUCAAGUAUCUUUGCUGUGAUGAUGUAAGAACACUACACCAAUGGAUCAAUGGCAUCCGCAUUGCUAAGUAUGGGAAGCAACUAUACGUGAACUAUCAGGAAGCAUUGAAGAGAACGGAAUCGGCAUAUGACUGGACUUCUUUGUCUAGCUCCAGUAUGAAGUCAGGCUCCAGCUCAUCUAGUUUGCCAGAAUCUCAAUCAAAUCAUUCUAAUCAGUCUGACAGUGGAGUUUCUGACACCCAGCCAGCUGGUCAUGUCCGUUCCCAAAGUAUUGUCACCUCCAUGUUCUCCGAGGCCUGGAAACGAGGCACUCAACUGGAGGAGUCCAGCAAGUUGCCUGGUGUAGUUCCUGGGCGAUACUUCCAAACACAGCAGGAUUACCACUUAAGCCG